ACAUGAGUGCCUCUAGAUGACCGCAAGGGGCGUUUCCUCAACGCAACAACAGCACAACUUCCGGCCGAUCCUUACAGGCGAGAAACAGAGAGCGUUCUCUUUUCACAGGUCCUCGUAGGUUUAGUUAUUAACAGUAUGGUGGAACAAUAAAGGUUAGUGUCACGGUACGUCUAAGCAGCGUUUGUUUCUUACUGGGGAUAAAUCAUUGCUCCGCGGAUUCUGUCUUCCAGAAGGGUGAGUAUGAGCGAGGGCGAGGUGUUUCAUGAGAAACAGAGACUGGAGCUGUGCGCUAUCCAUGCCUUGAACAACGUGCUUCAAGAGAGAGUUUUUACCAAGGAGACAGCAGAUGACAUCUGCAAGCGACUUGCCCCACAGUGUGUGAUGAAUCCUCACCGCUCAGUGUUGGGCACGGGAAACUAUGAUGUCAAUGUCAUCAUGGCAGCUUUGCAGAGUCGGGGGCUCGCUGCUGUUUGGUGGGACAAACGCAGGUCAAUACAGAAUUUGUGCCUGGACAAAAUUCAGGGCUUCAUUUUGAAUGUCCCAUCGAGGGUGUCACUGGGAAUUGUGUCUCUCCCGCUGAGACGCAGACACUGGCUGGCGGUACGGGACGUCAACGGACAGUUUUAUAAUCUAGACUCGAAAUUAAAAGGGCCUGCCUGUAUUGGCGGAGAAACAGAACUCAGGUCAUUUCUCACUGAGCAGCUUUCUCAGGAUGUCGCAGAAAUGCUCCUUGUCGUCCAAAAGGAAGUAGACGACGAUGGAACGUGGCUGAAAGCAGACGACACCAGGAAGUGAUGAAACUGAACAUUCUCUCUCUCUUUCUCUCUCAAUGUGGAGUAACGGCGGAGAAAAAGAGAAACACUGGAGCACCAAGAAGCUUUAUGGAGAGCAGCACUACAGGAAGAAGCUCGCUUUCAUCCACACGAAGAGAAGUCCGAGAGAAUGAUCUAGUGUUGCCUCGUAUGAAGGAGCCGUUUAUCUGAAGUCACACUGGCUGUGCUUGUGGGAGACACUACUAUAGCUGUGCCAGCCACGUCACGCUCCUCUUUUCUCUCUUUCUGUCCUCUCAGGAACUACCAUCUCUCACUUUAUCUCUAUCUAUGCACUCCACUGCUGAAGUAGAUCAAAGAUUUGUGUGUCUUUGUUACAACUAUGCACAGAAAUGGUACUUUAGAGUUCAAGUAUGUAUUGUUCAUUGCCUUUUAGACGUCCGUGUACAUCUUACUAUGCAUAAACAAAGGAGAUAAGAGAUUGUAGCUCUAUCUCAUGCUCACGUCCUUUACUCUCUCAAGCUCUCUAGCAAACUGCCUCAUUUACAUCGACUCAGUGAAAACCACCAAAUAGAGGGAAACUAAAUAAAUUUGAUUUGUUAUUUAUUUA